AUGGCUUCUACAUCAGUGGUUCACUCAUCUUCGUUAGCAUCUUCGAACGAGACCGAUUCUCGAAUCCAAAUUGCGGAGUUAAACGAGCACAUGGUUCACAUGACAAUAGGUCACAUGGUACCAGGACAAUUGGUCAUAGGUCACAGGAGAAUAGGUCACAUGUUGCCGUUUAUGUACAAAAUGGAAGACAUUCAGUUCUCUCCUAAGAUAAAUACCAAGUGUUACCCGUCGAAGACAAUAAAAAAACUGAAAGAUUUGUUAAGCCCUGAAGAAUGGAGGUAUUUCAGUCAUGAGUCGCAGUUUCAACAUUUGUUUCACAUGCAACUUGAUGGCACGCUGAAGAUGGCUCCAACAGCAUUCCUGAUAAACCAUUGUGUCACUGUGGAGGAUGAAAAUGAAUUAUGGUUUGUUCUAAAUGGUGUGCCCAUUAGAUACUCCAUCCUUGAACACGCUCUCAUAUCCGGAUUGAAAUGCGGUGAGUAUCCGGCUGGAUGGGAAUAUAUGAGGAAAAGCCAGUUUAGAAUGAAGACUUUUGGAAAUCGAAAGGUGUCUAAGGAGAGUGUGAUAAGGCAUCUUGAGAAGAAGCCAACUCAAAGGGUUGCUGAUAGGAAGAAACUGGCUAUUAUCAUGUUGCUCGGAGGAAUACUAGAUCAUGACACCACAUAUGAGUUUAUAAACCAUGAUUUGGUGGACAUGGUGGAUGAUUUGGCUUUCUGUGAGAGAUUUCCAUGGGGACGGUACACAUUUGAUAGAAUAAUUGAUCAAGUUAGAAAGAGUUUCGGAAGUGGAGGACCGAAGAAGAAAUGA